CAAAGCAUAAAUCUGCGCCCAUCUUCCCUAUCACAAAUUCUCUCUUCAAUCUCAAUAAUUUCGGUCUGAUCUGUCCAUGAAAAUGGUGUCCAAGCUUGGCACCUGGUUGGUACCUGUCUUUGUGAUUCUGUUGGUGGGGAUGUCCACCGCAUCUGAAAUCACCGCUGAAGAAGAAGAGCUUUCUUCCAUGGUGGAGCGCCACGAACAAUGGAUGGUGCGCCAUAAUCGUUCGUACGCCGACGAAGCCGAGAAGGCCAAGCGAUUUCUUGUGUUCAAGAAGAACGCGGAGUUUGUCGACUCUUUCAACAAAGGCGAUCAUUCUUACACACUGGGUCUCAAUGACUUCUCCGAUUUGACCGACGACGAGUUCACCAGUUCAAUGAUGGGUAACGGACUGACAGAUCUCAGUAGUGAUUAAUCAAUCGAAGUUUGAAGUUCAUCAGUGAUUCGAUUUCUUGGAUCUGGGUUUUACUUCACUUUUUGACUUUUUGAUGUAAUUAUCGUGAUUAGACAAGGGUUUUUCAUUUACUACUCCGAAAGUCCGGAUGAAGAAAUACAGUUCUCAUUCUGUAAUUAGCUAAUUAGCUAAUUUGGUACUCCGUAUCUGGUAAACCGCAGUGCCCUCCCUCUUUAAUUAUAGUAUGAUGAUAGAUAGUAUGAACGUAUAUUUUCUCUGCAAUUUGGUACAAUUUCUAUGGAUAUGAUACAAUUUGCAGCAAUUCUACAUGUCUUUUCCGCAUGGACGAAUGGAAAUCAAGACGACUUAUGUUUGGCACUAUGAGUUCAAACUGGGGGUUAAUGUAUGAAAUUUAGGCUUCUCUUUGAAUUAUGAAUUAUUGUAUGGGGAUUGAAAUUUGAAGUGUUUGAAACUAAACUGCUAGCGGA